AUGGAAAAUAAUGACGGGGAAGUGUUUUGGGCUUGCACCAAGGCUUGUUACUUGGCCAUUCAGAGAUCAAAGGCAUCAUCCCGGGUCCCUUGGGAUAAAGAUGGCCCAAAUGGCCCGACUGAUCCAGUCAAUUCGGAAACUAUCCUCCUAGAGUGGCUCCUUAGACAGCCAACAACUACAGCAAUUACCGCGGUGGUAACGGUAGCAAAGGCACCUCAAAGACACAGUACUCCCACCAGAUCUCAAGCCUGCUUAAAACAAAAGGAAUCAAGAUUGAAAGAACUGCUGAACAGGUUAGAGACAAGAUUGGAGGAAUUGAACGAGCCUAUAAGGUUGCACGGGAUUUCAUGUACACAGAAACUGGCGUUGGCCUGUUGGCAACAGAUGAAGGCAGCUUCCAAGACCUAG